AGAGCGAGGAGUCAAAAAGGAAGUUUGAAUUUACUUUGAUUAAUUGACACAUUAAGUAGAAGAUAAGAACUUACAUCAGAAAUGUACAUCGGGUAACGAUUUGAAUGGUAUAACAAUAUAUUAAAAUGCCUGCAAAGAAAACAACUCCGAAAAAAAGACUCACGAAAGGAAAUGAGCGAUCCAGUACUCUCGAGCGGAAUGCUCGAACCGUGGACCCCUUGUCUGGCGGGCUGGGGAAAGGAGCGUCGAGCCUACAGCCACUGUCGACUGAGCAACUGACUGUCGAUUAUAAAGCUGGAGUGAUCAUGGCAAUAACAUUCCCUCUUGCCCUGAUUUUUUUCUGGAAGGUCACUCUUCCGGUGACAUGGUUCGUCAUGAAAACUGCUCUCGGAGAACAACUUGUGCUUAAACUUAAUUACUUCAAGCAAGAUGUUUUUGAAAGGCUAACUUCAGAAUGUCCAUCCUGGAUCCCUGCUGAGGAGAGGUCCUACCUUGAUGACAGGCUGUCAGAGACCUUGAGAAGGAUACCCAGUCCAAAAACACAGCAAGAGUUUGAGGAUCUGAUCGAGUUGGGAGAACCCCUCAUUAUCACAGAUGCAAUGAAAGGGUGGGAGAGUUUUGGAACAUGGGAUUGCGAUUCAUUCACCAAGGAAUAUAAAGAUGCAGACUAUUUUGACUGGCAGGCUGAUGUGAAAUUUAAGCUGUCCAAUAUAAGCAAUAGACCUGGCUAUGAGGGAAUGAAAUGUGCAGCUGGAUACAUAGAACCUUUUUGGCCGGAGAAUUCAAAAUAUGUAAAGGACUGGAUGAAAAAGAUGUCUCCGCUACCUAGUUUUCUUCCAAGCAAUGCCUUGCCCGACGAUUCACCUAUUACAGGGUUCAUAGGGGUUCCAGGGACGGGUGUAUCUCCUCAUCUAGAUGAGACCUGUGAUACGCUCAUGACAGCACAGUUCAGUGGAGUAAAGAAUUGGAGUAUGUCAUGGCCGGUGAAAGAGGAUGGAGUGGUAAAGUGGAGGAAGCCAGUUGUCUUCACGCUAUACCCAGGUGACAUGAUGUUCUGGUACACCAACAUGAGGCAUCACACGGAAGUCGUCCACGGCUGCUCCCUGAGCUUCAGUUUCCGCAUACACACUCCAGCACCAAAACUCUACCUCACGGAGCAGCGAAAGCUCAUAUCUGACCUUUCUGAUGAGAAUCGUUACAGGUUGUACGAGGAGACGCAAACGCGAGAUAAGUUCUUCCUAGAUAAAUGUCACCUUGUCAUGAAAUACGAUCAAGUCUUCCUAAACUGAUAAAUAGAAGGCAAAAUUUAUGUAUGAUUACAAAUAAUAAUGUCUGAAAGCAUUAAAUUUUGAUUAUCUUUAUAGUUAUCUUUAUAAUUAAGAAAUCUUUAUAAUUAAAGGUAUACUGGGCUAUGCAAUUUAGGAACAGUAAUUGAUUUUUCUCUUGAGAAGGUGGUCAGUUGGCAUGAUGAAAAAGGCAGGGUUCCCAGCUAUCUUGAGCGAAAUUCGAGCAAAAUUAGUGAAAAGUCAGGGAAUUUCAAAGGCCUUAAUAAAUGAUAGUAGUCAGUGACUGUCAAUCACUUCAAUUUUUAUCUUGUGUCCAAACAGCUUAUCCACUGUAUGAUUGCCUAUGGUGUCUUUUAGUUUUGAUGAUGACGUAACUUAAUGAUACAAUUGCAUCCUGAUGUGAUAACAGGAAGUCAUUACCAGUUGUCUUAUCUAGUAGCUUCCUCAAGAUACAAACUUUCUUUCUAUUAUUAGGUACAUUUGCUUAAUAACAAUGAAAACGCUCACAAAUUAUUUUCACCUCUCCCCAGAACUCGACCUUCCUCUUAAGUCUAAUGGACAGGUCAAAUCACAUAACAUUUUGAUUCAGUCCUAGUUUUCUGAUAUGGUCAGCGAUUAAAACAGUCAGUAAAAUUUUCACAAGUUUUCUUUUCAACUGUAGAGAAAUAAUAAAGCCAAUAAUUAUCGUGAAAAUGUUGAAAAAAAAUAUACACCAAGGCGCGUGCAUUGAGUUUGAAAAUUGAAAUUGUCUCCAACUAGGGGGGGGGGGGGUGGGGGGAGUGGGGCACAACCCCUCCCAGACAACCCCCUUUCCGCGCAAGCGUGGAACGCGCUGCUUCUGUCCGUCUUUUAUCAUGCCCUCCACCCCUCUCCAAAAUUUCUGGAUCGGCGCAUGCAUGUAUAAGCUGCAGGAAACAACACACACACACAAUAAAAAAAACGCCAUACAAAAGUUAAAAAGUGCAGUCUGCCUUACACUUUUGUUAAACGAUUGCACAUAUAAUUGCUUUUUUGAUGUACUUACAAAACAAUAUAAAUUUGUUCUUCCAGCAUGCCAAGCAACUUUUGUAAACUGUACAGUACGAUUGUAGGACACUAGUACAUGGAUAAUAUGCUUCCUUUCACUUUUGAUUGAUGAAGCUUUGUAGAGUUUUAUGCAAGCUACUAGUUGGUUUGUGUAUCAUCAAGGUUCACAAAGUAUAACAUGCAUUCUGUAGAGACACCUUGAACAGGCGUAGUAAUAGAGUCGGCAUUUAAUCAAGUGACUGUAGGAUGUAUUAGAAUGGAAUUGUAUGAUUUCAUUUGGGCUUUUGUGCUCCUCUGACUAGCCAGUGUCUUUCUAGUGUCUUUCCUUUAAACCUGAUGGUGAACAAGACUCGCGAUUUCCUAGUAUGCAAAUUUCUGACCAUUUUUCUUGCCAUCAAUAGUUUUGUGCCAUCAAUUUUGGUUUUUCUUUUCAAUAUGUCUACAAGCAAAUGUUAUGUUUAAUUGAUAUGUGCUACACAACCAGCUCUACGUACAGCUCUCUUAUGAUAUAACUGCCUUAAGCACUGAGGAAAUUGAGAAUGGAAAGGGAUGAGAAAGAAGGAGAGGGAGAGAGAGAAAGAGAGAAAGAGAGAGAGAGAGAGAGAGAGAGAGAUGAGAGAGAGACGAGAGAGAGAGAGAUGAGAGAAAAAGGAGGGGAGAAUUCUUGGAUAUUUAAUUUAGAGGCCAUUGUGAAAAAAUUACAUGCUACUUUUAUUGUAAUGACUUAAUGUGUAUUCAGCAGAUUCGUGGUAGAAUUAUUUUUGGGUUGAUCAUUGGUUCCCUAUUUGUAAUCAUUUUCCUCCAGAAAUUGCAACUUUAUCUUACAUGUACUUGUUAUAAUAGAAAAAGAAGGUAUGUGCAUUAUGUGUGCCUGAUGUAGCUACAUGUAUUAUUAUCCAAUCAAUUGAUGAAUAAUUGUUUUGCAGUCAUUUUUAAUUAUGAACACAUAAAUAAUGUGGUAGUUUAGGCAGUUGUAUUCAUAUAUAUCAAGUGCCAAUUUAAUUAUCAUGUAUUUCUAAAUUCAAUUUUGUGAGUAUUAUCAAUUAUUCAUAAUAUAAAUGUGAAAAGACAAUUUGAAACUUUAAGAUCCAUACAGAUGAAGCUAAAUAGUAAGAAUCUUGAUCUGUAUGAACUUUAAUUAGGUCGCUAAUUAAUAAUUUGUGACCUUUUUUAUUUCCUUUAGCGGCAGGUUGAAUAUAUAAAGAGCAUGAUGUGCAGAAAAUGAUACUUCUGUCUGCUGAGAAGUUAUAGGGUGUUUGCAUAAUAAACAUGUUCAUAAAAUGUAGAAAUUCACACCAUUCUAAUUUGGCAAGUUGGCAGGCAAUAUACACUGUUGCCCAAAGAGUUGGAAUCAUUUUUUUUUUAAACUGGUUUUUAAUGAAGUGAUUGUAAGAGUAUAAAUUUAAUAAAAGUUUAGAUUUUCUCAUAACUUUAUUGAUCAACCCCUAUGACUCUUUAGAGUAUUCAAUAAAGUUCAGAGAGGAUAUUUAUAUAUCAAGAAUAAAUCAAAUUCUCACAAUCACUUCAUGAAAAAAAAAUCAUCCUAACUUUAUUGGUGUAUUGAAUAGUUAGAAGUGUUUUGUUGACAUGGACUUUGAUGUAAUAUGACAACAUAAUGUUUAUGAAUAGUACCCUGUGUCUCCUAUUCUUGUUUUGGAAUAAAGAUAAGACUAGAUUUCAAUGGA